UUAUAGGCCUUGGGGGAAUGAAUUGUCUCUGGAUCUCUCUCAAACGCGUCUGUGUGCUGACUGUUCGCUAGGGACCCUCGCUUCGCUGGCCUCAAAAGUUAUCUCUUGUCACUCUUUAACAGGGGACCGACCCCUCUCCUCCGUCUCCCCACCCACACCCUUCCGCCAGGGUCGCCUCCGCCCCCCAUUUCAGCCACCACCCCCAUCUUCUCCUCCUCCUCCUUCAUUAAAUCCCAUCGAGGAGCAACCAAAAACCAGAACCCACCCAGAUCUCCCUCUAUAUAACCUCUGCAAUUCAUCCCCCUCCUCAGAUCUCCAUAGUUUUCUUCUUCUUCUUCUUCUUCUUCUUCUUCGUCUUGUUCUUCUCGACUGUUCUUGAAUUUCCUGGUAUUUUUGUUUGUUUCCCUUCCCUUUUGGUUAAGUUUUUGACUGGUUCUAUUGAUUGGGGUUUUGGGUUUCCAUUUCUGAAUUUGAAUCGUUUCUGGGUCUAAUUUGUUGAAUGUGAAUUGGUAGGCUUGGUUCUAGAUUGAUGGUGUUUGUUCUGACCAAUCCGUACAAUAAUCUGGUGGAGGAAGUGGGUUUGGCUUUGAUCACUAUUGUGUUUCAAAAACCUCUUUAAUCUUCGACUUUGAUUUCUUUUUCUCUGUUCAUUGUUUGCGACCAGUAAUUUGCCUGGGCUUUCUGCUUGGGAUAAGAAACAGAGAGGGGUUUUGGAAAAUAUAUCCUAGACCCCGAUUGUUAUGAUUAGCAGAGGGAUAAAGAAUGGUCAAUCCAUUUGUGUGGUAAUGUUUUCUCACUACAUUAUCUACGUUGUGUUUGGCUGAGAAAGACAAGGAAUAUAAAACAAGGGGGAAGAACAAAACCUUGUGCAAUUGGAAAUUCUGGGUUUAAAAAGAAUCACUUAGGGGGAAGAUUUUUGUUUUAGAUGUGGAGGAUUUGUUGGAUGAGAUGAGGGAUGUUAUCGGAGUUCAUGGAUUUCUUGAGGGCUUGUUUCCGACCGAGCUCCGAUCGGUACGUGGCGGGGGAUAUCAAGGGGAGGCAGGACGGGCUGCUAUGGUACAAAGAUAGUGGACAACAUUUGAAUGGUGAGUUUUCAAUGUCUGUGGUUCAAGCCAACAAUUUGCUUGAAGAUCAGAGCCAGGUUGAGUCAGGCAGUUUGAGCACACACGAGUCUGGCCCCAGAGGAACGUUUGUUGGUGUGUAUGAUGGCCAUGGAGGCCCCGAGACUUCUCGGUAUAUCUGUGAUCAUCUCUUCCAGCAUCUCAAGAGGUUUACUUCUGAGCAAGAUUCAAUGUCUGCGGAUGUAAUACGCAAGGCAUUCCAAGCGACAGAAGAUGGUUUUCUUUCAAUAGUUCAAAGGCAAUGGUCAACAAAUCCUCAAAUUGCAGCUGUUGGUUCAUGCUGUCUAGUUGGUGUAAUCUGUGAUGGGACUCUCUAUGUUGCAAAUCUAGGUGAUUCACGUGCUGUUUUGGGUAGAGUAGUGAAGGCGACUGGGGAGGUUCUCGCCGUUCAGUUAUCGACAGAGCACAAUGUUUCUAAUGAGUCGGUGAGGCAAGAGCUGCAAUCUUUACACCCUGAAGACUCAAAGAUUGUGGUUCUAAAGCAUAAUGUUUGGCGAGUGAAGGGCAUAAUACAGAUCUCCAGAUCCAUAGGCGAUGUGUACUUGAAAAAAGCCGAGUUCAAUAAAGAACCUCUGUAUUUAAAGUUUCGAGUUCGGGAGCCCUUCAUAAAGCCAAUUUUGAGCUCUGAACCAGCCAUUUCUGAGACCCAGUUGAAGCCAGAUGAUCAAUUUAUUAUAUUUGCAUCAGAUGGGUUGUGGGAGCACCUUAGCAACCAGGAAGCAGUCGAUAUAGUUCAUAGCCAUUCUCAAAGUGGAAGUGCAAGAAGACUGGUCAGAGCUGCUCUCCAACUAGCUGCAAAGAAAAGAGAAAUGAGGUACUCAGAUUUGAAGAAGAUUGACCGGGGUGUUCGUCGCCAUUUCCACGACGACAUCACCGUGGUGGUUGUGUUUCUCGAUACAAAUCUGCUCUUCAAAGCCAGUAACACAAAGAGCUCGAGUGUCUCGCUACGAGGGGGUGGAGUCAACCGCCUUCCUAACUCUCUAGUCAAAACACCCAAGUAGAACAUGAAAA